AUGUGGUAUUGGAUGCAUCAACUGGGACUCCCUUCUGCCCUCCCUUCUUUCUUGGUUUCUUCUGCAGAAUUGCCUGUUGGUCAACUGAGUCAAGCAGUGCCAACGGUUUCCUCAUCGAGCUUAUCACAGACAGGAAUGCUGCCACCUCCAAGCACGAUUGCUAAUUCUUCUAAUUUUCAGUCUUCAAAUCCUGCUUCUCCUUUAACCUCUGUUCAUACUAUUGGCUCCCCUGCACAGUCAACGAUUGGACCAUUAUCAUGUUCAGCUAUGUCUCCUGUCAUAUCAUCUGAUAUUUCCUCUGCUGGACAACAAUAUCUACUAGAAAUAAUGAUAUUAGUAAUAGUAGCCUUCCCGAAGCAGAAUGGAUCAAUCGCAGAAUCAGCGACCAGCGACAUCGACAGCUCCCUCGCGCUCUUUCCAGUAACUCUUAGUUUCAGCACAAUGGGUCGAAAUUUUUUUGAGCUACUUUACUGUGGAAACCAUUUUAUUAGAACCAACAAGUUUGCAGCCUUCUACCUGAACUCUAUGUUUUAUCACUCUUCAAAAGACGCUCCCAGCCUGCAAUGGUAUCAGAAUGGGUUUCUCAAGGUGAAAGAGUUGACCCAUUUGCUAGGAAAUGUGGAUGAAGUUAAUGGUAGACUUGUUGAUAUAAAGAGCAAUUCAACCUUUUUUGAUGAUGACAUUGAGCGUGAAAUGUCUACCUUCAAGUCCCUUGUUCGUGAGUUUAUUGGGUCUGCAAUUGUUCAGCACAAAAUGAAACAUGUCCAGGCCUCUUUCAUCACAAAUGCAAAACAUUAA